AUGCUGAUGAGGAUUUUGCUGCCGGCGCGCCUGAGCCGCGUUCGGUGGUUCCUGGCGAUGCUCUUGUUGGUGGUGGCGGUUGGCUCGCUGCUGCUGGAAGUAGGCGCGCUAGAAUCCUCGGAAAUAAGCUCGAUGUCUCCCCUGGUAUGCAGGAAUCCCCUUCGCUUGCUCUCGCCGACGGCAGUCACCAUGGUGGUGGUCAAGUCGACGGGGACUGGUAUGAAGAUGGUUCUUGCGACCGGUUCCAGAGCAAAUCAUCGAUGGUGCUUGAGCUUUGGCGCCCCCGGCGGACAGCCGGCUUGCAGCGCCGCCGUGCCACCGAAUCCUGUGGCCGAAGGGCGGCCAAACCUCUUCCUCGUAGCCUUGAAGCUAUAUGGGAGGCAGUGCUACUCUAGCUCGAUGUUCACGGCUUGCUGCGGUGAAGAACUCGUCGGACCAAGUGGUGAUGUCCCCGGCGCCGGCGAGUUUGCAGUCGAUCGGGAGUGGCUUGGACCUGAUUGCGUUCCUCUUCAGAUCUUUGGGGUCCUUUCUGCAUAUUUUUGGGACUGCUUUGUAAUUUUCAGUUUGUUGUGUGUCCUGUUGCUCUCGCUUGUACUACGGUAUUGUAAUAUCAAAUAA